AGAACUCGUUUGCUCGAGGAGAUGGAGUGUUUGUACGUGAUUCGGUGUCAAGUGGAGAUGAACAAGAUGCGUCAACUACGCAUGAUAAAAAUCGGAAAUACACUAGCAGCGAACAUCGAAGACAUGGCGAAGUAAGCGCUACCAGCAAAGGAAAUCCUUUACCUCCGGAGCAAUCAGGAGAUCAGGUCCUCACGACUGCAGACGAAGACGACGAGAACACUUCUGCCCUUCGCAGACAGCUUGGCAUGCGUAAGGUGUACCACUUAACCACGGAACGGUGUAAAGAGGAACUCCGCAUACACUCUGCUCAAGAAUGUGAAGACGUGGCGGCUCAGUUAGGCCUCUCGUCGUUGCGGGUGGAGCCUACACUUCCGCCAGAAUUGAUCAAGCAUGCUGGGUGCUACUAUUAUGACACUCUUUUUAUUGGAAGACUGCAUCUCCAGUUUCUUCUACAUCACGACAAACAAAAUGAACAUGAUUAGAGAAUUCUUGAGAAGUAGGUGGUUGCUCUAAAACCCCGACCAAACAGCGGGGAAGUUGUAUUUUCAGCCGACCAGUGAUCCUCGAGACCGAUCCCGCAACUUCCGUGCUCAUCUAGCAAUUUGUCUGAGCCAUACGACACAGGUGGAUGAUGAUUAUGGUCAUGGAGGUCAUGGCACUAGUACAGGUGGUUUCUUAUUAGCCUCCGGUGCUACUGGAACUGGAUCUGCUCGUCACGAUGACUCCCAGCACCACGAUGAUGACCCCGAUCACGGACAGCAUGUCCACAUUUUAUCUUUCGCCUUUUUGCCGUUGUACUUCACGCUAUUAGCCUUGUCGAUAUCGGCCGUGUGUCAAAUGCUUUCCAAGCUACUUCCCUUCUCCUUCCC